AUGUCGGACGAUGAGCCAUCGGCAAAGAAGCCAAAAAUUUCGGACCUAGAAGCUGAGCGGAAGACCUGGGAAAAUGACCAGGUAUGGCACGCGCGCAGGACAUUCUUGGAAAGCCACUGGAAUGAUCUCCCGUUAGAAAAUCUGCGAUGUCUGUCUCAAGUGUUUAUCAACGUCAAUAUGAUCGGCUGCGAAUAUAACCCAGGCGUCAUGGAGAAAAUCAAGGAGCUUGGCGCAGGAAUCAUGGACAAGGCGCGUCGGCUGAAAAAUGAACGGGCAUUUGUGAAGGCGAGUGUUGGACGAAAGCACGCGAACGAAAUCCGCGAGCAGACAGAGGCGGAGCGAAGACCGACCGUCGAGCAGCGAAAGGCGAAUAGAACUCCUUUCGAGGACAAGCUGAUCCAACUAAGGGCCCACCUCCAAAUCGCCGACCUGCACAGCACACCUCUGCAAAAGUUGAACACGGCUUGCGCACGCCAACAGAUGCAAUGGCAAUAUGUGGACAAAAUUGAUGGCGCCGAAUUGCGUAUGAAUGAUCAUUUGAUUUGCAAGAGAAAGUUCUCGCGCGAGGGUUUUGACCGUAAAGAGGAAAUGAUCUCGACGGUGGUAGAAGCGAUUGCCCAGGCGGAGAGUAUGAGCGUCGUUGAAAAAGAAUUGUUCUUCGGUGAGCCGCCAAAUGUUCGGGGGCCAUAUGACUGUUAUGAAGAUUCGAUCUGCCGCCGUUUUACGAGGGUGUCAAGGCAUAUGAAUGGGAAAGCGCCAUCGAUGGCUAAUUUAUCCGAAGCGAUGGCCUAUCACGGACUUGCGAUGAAACACGACAUGCAGCCGACCAAGCGAUGGGAGCAGAAGCUUGUUGUGCAUUGCGGUGAUGUCCUACUUGCCGAGCGCAUCCUCAAGAAGGAAGACUGCAUAGCCAGCAAGACGCAGCAAAUCAUCGCAGAAGUGGCCAAACAGAUAAUUCGCUCGAUCAGCGUGCCAAAGCUCGUGAAGGGUGGCGACGAAUCGCUUUCAUUGAAACUUGAA